CACCCAACAUGGCGGCGGCCUCGGGCGGGCGCGGCCCCGCGAAGCCGCUUCCGGCGGCGGCGCCCGGGCCCGUGAUGGCGGCGGGCAGCGGGGCCGGGGGGGGCGGGCGGCCAUAGCGCCGGGCCGGGCCAUGGGCAACGCGCUGGGCCCCGCCGGGCCGGCCCCGCGCCGGGGCGAGCCGCUCGGCAGCCCCGGCAGCUUCGACGAGCUGCACCGGCAAUGCAAAGAGGUUUUCCCGCAGCAGAUGGAGGGGGUGAAGCUGAUCGUCACCAAGACCCUGAGCAGCCACUUCCAGGUGACACACACGGUUCACAUGAGCACCCUGGGCCCCUCCAGCUACCACUUCAACGCCACCUUCGUGGGCGACCGGCAGCUCAGCCCCACCGAGGCCUUCCCCACGCUGGUUGGGGACAUGGACAACAGCGGCAGCCUCAACGCCCAAGUGCUGCAGCUGGUGGCCGAGCGCAUCCGCACCAAAGCCGUCUUCCAGACACACCAGGCCAAGUUCGUGACGUGGCAGUUUGACGGCGAGUACCGGGGGGACGACUGCACGGCCACCCUCACGCUGGGCAACCCCGACAUCCUCGGCGAGUCCGAGCGUCACCCCCCGCCUGGUGCUGGGGGGGGAGAUGGUUUAUCACCGGCGGCCGGGGGAGGAAGGAGCCAUCCUGACGCUGGCGGGCAAGUACACGGGUACGUGGGGGGGCCCUGGGGACAGGGACACAGCCCGGGGGUCCCCGCCGAUGUGCAGACCCCGGGGGGCACCCCGACCGCCCUCGCCCUCCGCUCGGCUUCUCUUCCAGCUCUCAAGUGGGUGGCGACGCUGAACGUGGGGUACGGGGGGGCCCACGCCAGCUACUACCACCGGGCCAACGAGCAGGUGCAGGUGGGGGUGGAGCUGGAGGCAAACACGCGGCUGCAAGACACGACCUUCGCUUUUGGCUACCAGCUCAACCUGCCGCGGGCCAACAUGGUCUUCAGAGGGCUCGUGGACAGUAACUGGAGCGUUGGGGGGGUGCUGGAGAAGAAGCUGCCCCCCCUGCCCGUCACCCUGGCUCUGGGCGCCUUCCUCAACCACUGGAAGAACCGUUUCCACUGCGGCUUCAGCGUCAUCGUGGGCUGAGCGGCCGCGGGUGUCACCGUCCUGCUCAGGGAGCCGCCGCGGGGACACCGGGGGAGCCCGCGGAUGGGGGGCCCGGUCCUUGGCGGCUGGGGGACGCUGUGUGACAGCGCGUGGUGGCCGUUAACACCCCAGGGAUGAGGAGUGGACGCUGCGUGGGUCUGGGGGCCCCAGUGCCACGUCCCUCCGCUCCCUCCCGCGGCACAGGGACCCGCGGAGCCUGGAAAAAUAAAGGAGCUUUACUUGUC